CCCGUCAACUCCCUCUAUCUUCCACCUAAGCUCACGCCCCUCACCUCCCCUCCUCUAUGUAUCCCUGUUGUGUUUUUCAAAUCCUUCGACGAUAGAAACAAGAGAGAGAGAGAGAUUGAAGCGAAGAAAAGAUCUUCUCCGGCAUUUUGUAGGAAAAAAGAGAGUGAAAAUGGUGGAGAAAGGAUUCAAGCUAGUGGGUUUUGCCAAUUUUGUUCGCCAGAACCCUAAAUCCGAUCGUUUCCAUGUGAAGCGCUUCCACCACAUUGAAUUCUGGUGCACUGACGCCAUUAACCCAGCCAACCGCUUCUCUUGGGGCCUAGGAAUGCCCAUCGUCGCCAAAUCUGACCUUUCCACGGGAAACCAAGUCCACGCCUCUUACCUCCUCCGUUCCGGCGACUUCAACAUCCUAUUCACCGCCCCUUACUCCCCCUCCAUCUCCGCCACUGACAACCUCGUCCACACAGCGGCCAUCCCCACCUUAUCCCACUCUGCCGUCGCCUCUUUCGCCGCCACCCACGGUCUUGCCAUCCGAGCCAUCGCCGUUGAGGUCGAAGACGCCGUUGUUGCCUUCAACGCCAGUGUCGCCAAUGGUGCAAAACCUUCGUCUCCUCCGGUGGAACUUGAUGGCGGUGCUGCGGUCAUUGCCGAGGUCCAACUCUACGGCGAUGUAGUCCUCCGCUACGUCAGCCAUAGGACUCCGGAUCCAAUCUUUCUUCCCCGAUUCGAGAAGGUUGAUUCAUCCUCGUUCCCUCUUCUCGAUUACGGGAUUCGCCGUCUUGACCAUGCGGUUGGUAACGUUACUGACCUGGCUAAGGCGGUGGCUUACGUGAAGGAAUUCACGGGGUUCCAUGAAUUUGCAGAGUUUACAACAGAGGAUGUGGGUACCACUGAGAGUGGUUUGAAUUCGGUUGUUCUAGCAAACAACGAUGAGAUGGUGUUGUUGCCAAUGAAUGAGCCAGUGUUUGGAACAAAGAGGAAGAGUCAGAUACAGACUUACUUGGAGCAUAACGAUGGACCUGGAGUGCAGCACUUGGCUUUGAUGUCUGAAGAUAUAUUUAGGACAUUGAGGGAGAUGAGGAAGAGAAGUGGAGUUGGUGGGUUUGACUUCAUGCCAUCGCCACCGCCUACAUAUUACAGGAAUUUGAAGAACAGGGCUGGGGAUAUCUUGUCUGAUGAGCAGAUAAAGGAGUGUGAGGAGUUGGGGAUUUUGGUUGAUAGAGAUGAUCAAGGGACUCUGCUUCAAAUCUUCACCAAGCCCGUUGGUGACAGGCCCACCAUAUUCAUAGAGAUAAUACAGAGGAUUGGUUGCAUGUUGAAGGACGAAGAGGGUAAGACAUAUCAAAAGGGAGGUUGUGGAGGUUUUGGAAAGGGAAAUUUCUCAGAGUUGUUUAAAUCUAUUGAAGAGUAUGAGAAGACCCUUGAGGCCAGGAGAAACACAGAAGCAGCUGCUGCAUGAGAAAAGCAUCUAAACAACCACUUCUGUUGAUUAGUUUAUCAAAAUAAAUAUUGUAUCGGUUAUCAGCUUUGUAUGACUUGCAAGUAAAUCUGACAGUUGCUGUUUCUGAAUAAUAGAGCUGUUAUAUUUUCAA